CCUAAUCACAAAUUCAUCAAGCUAUUAUCAAAGGCGUACUUGAGAUAUCUCUGCUUCUAUCUGAGAGACAUCAAGAUCACUACUAUAUAGGCUCUUAAAUUUUUUAAGUCCCACACAAAGAUCACACAGUUCUCUUGGUCAUCGAUUCCCGAUGGAAGGAACAACCGCAGUGGCCCUUCAACCUCCAACUUAUGGAAACCUGAUCACCGUCCUCAGCAUUGAUGGUGGCGGGAUAAGAGGCGUUAUCCCCGGAACCAUCCUUAACUUCUUAGAGUCUGAACUUCAGAAAUUGGAUGGUGAGGAUGCAAGAAUCGCAGACUAUUUUGACGUAAUAGCAGGAACAAGUACCGGAGGUCUAGUUACUGCAAUGCUUGCUAGCCCAAAUGAGAAGAAUCGUCCGGUGUUUGCAGCCAAGGAUAUCAAGGACUUCUACCUGAAUGAGUGCCCUAAAAUCUUCCCACAAAACAGAUGUCCAUUAUUUCCGCAAACACAGAAGGUAAUAAAAGCUUUGUCAGGACCAAAAUACGAUGGGAAAUAUCUGCAUUAUCUUAUCAAGGAAAAACUAGGAAACACGAAAUUGAACCAGACAUUGACCAACGUUGUGAUUCCAACAUUUGAUAUCAAAAGGCUUCAGCCGACUAUUUUUUCCAGCUUUCAGGUUAAGAAAAGCCUAUCUCUGAAUGCUCUACUCUCAGACAUAUGCAUUUCAACCUCAGCUGCACCAACUUAUCUUCCAGCUCAUUAUUUCGAAACAAAAGAUGAGAAAUCAGGAGAAGUGAGGGGAAUAUUCAACCUUAUUGAUGGUGGCGUUGCUGCAAACAAUCCGACUUUGGUUGCCAUGGGUGAAGUGACGAAGGAAAUCAUCAAUGGAAGCCAAGACUUCUUUCCUAUAAAGCCAAUGGACUAUGGAAGAUUUCUGGUCAUAUCCUUAGGAACUGGGGCAGCAAAAGCUGAAGAGAAGUACAGUGCCGCUGAUGCAGCAAAAUGGGGUGUAUUGGGUUGGCUAACAAGCCAUGGAUCCACACCUUUAGUCGAUGUUUUUAGCCAAGCCAGUGCCGACAUGGUAGAUUUCCAUAUUUCUGUGGUUUUUAAAGCCCUGCACUCGGAAAGUAAUUACCUUCGCAUUCAGGAUGACACUUUAAGUAGGACAGUUUCGUCAGUGGAUGUAGCCACGAAAAAGAACUUGGAUGAUCUCGUAAAAGUUGGUGAAGGUCUGUUAAAGAAACCAGUUUCCAGGGUGAACUUGGAGACUGGAGUCUUUGAACCAUUUGGAAAAGAGACCAAUGAAGAAGCUCUUAUAAGGUUUGCCAAAUUGCUCUCCGAAGAGAGGAGGCUUCGCCAUUCUAAAUCACCCCAUGGACAAGUCGCGAAUUCGAAAUGAUUAUACCGAUAACAGAAAUGAUCGAUCUUCCUAAUUUAGUCUUUACGAGGUGGGUCGCAAAUCAAGGCCGCCAUAACUGUAUGAUUCUUUACUGUAAUGAAGUUGUGAUUGAAUAAGUCCUCUAUGGGACAGAGUUGUGAGAUUUCCUUGUUUCUUUAAAUUCUAUGUACAGGUAUACUAUGAAUUGAUGUAACCAGUUUGAAUAAAAUUUCAUAACCACAUUAUUUU